CAUGUUCCCGGCGGCGCUGCUGGGCGCGGUACUGCUGGCGUGGCUGGCGCACGGCGGGCAGCCCGGCUGCCUCUCCCCGGCCGGCUGCGAGUCGCCCGAGCGCGGGAGCCGCGGGGCGCCGUGCAGCGAGAAGCGCUGCGGCGGCGCCCGGGCGGCGGGCGAGCCCUGCGGCGUCUACACGGCCGGCUGCGCCCGCGGGCUGCGCUGCGUGCCGAGGCCGGGCGAGCGCGCCCCGCUGCAGGCUCUGCUGCGCGGCAAAGGGCUGUGCGCCGCCGGGGCGGGCAACGGGAGCCGGACGCAGGCGGAGCCGGAGCCGGGUGAUGGCUGGAAGGAGACGCGCCAAACAGGCCAUUCCACUCAAGGGCCUCUCCUCUUGCAGAGCCAAGGCCCCCUGCCGGAGAUCAGCAGUGGCAACGUCCAGCUGCAGCAGCUGUCCCUGAGCAGCGCUACCAAACAAGAAUUUGAGACGGGCCCGUGUCGCAUGCAUUUGGCAGCCGUCCUGAAGGAGCUGAAGGCCCCUCUCUACCUGAGCGGUGAAGAUAUCUUCAUUCCCAACUGUGACACGAAGGGCUUCUACAGGCGGAAACAGUGCCGAGCAUCCAAAGGACAGAAGAGAGGCCAGUGCUGGUGUGUGGACAAGAGAGGCCAUCGGCUGGAAGGGCUGGAGGAAAACCCUCUUUGCUUGCUGCCUAGCAGUGACUGACAGAGGGGGACGCACAGCGUGCCGGCAGCAGAAACUCUGGACCCAGAAUCUCCCUACUCCAGCCACUCACAAGAGUGUUUCCCUUUAAUUUAUUGUGUGAUUGUCGUCUUGCUGGAAUCGUGGGUUCCCUGCUAUGACCCUGGACCAGCUGCCUCAUCUAGCAACAGCCCACCAAAGAGCAUGAGAGACCCUGGGCUGGCAACACUGGGUCUAUGAUGUAUAGGAGGCAUGAAGAUGCUUUGUCAAAUAAGCUAUCAGUGUCUGGGGUGCAAAGAUGCUAAGACGUGCCUGUACUUGAGCUGGCUUUUCUGUUGGGUGGAUACAUGUUUAGCACUUGGGAUAGCAGAGCAGCUAGAUGCUGGGUGUAGCUCUUAAGCUUGCGUAGAAGACAGCAUUGGGUCCUAAGAGACGCAUGGGAAGAGGCUGUAUGCUUUCAGGGGGAGAGAGGUCGUGUGGCUUGAGCAAAUGCCAGCCGCAUUGUUAGCACCAUGCCGAAACGCUAGAGACAGAUGAGCAGAGAUGUGGGGGGCAGAACUUGGUAGACUGAGGGGGGGGGAUUCCUUGGAGAUCCUAGUAUAGGAGGGGGUCUAGAAGGGAAAAGAUGUGCCCAUCUAAAAGAGUGCCUUUGUGUGUUUGGUAACAUGGAGGACUUGGGCAAGAUGGUUGUGAUGGGCAGGACCGGCUCCAGCUCCACCUCUCUGGAAAGACAGCAAAUAGAGCAGGUGGGAUGUCGGGCCAAUGAGAGUUAGUGUCGUGGGAAAGGGAGAAGGGUUGGAGAAGCUGCUAAGAGAGGCAGCAGAAGAGAGCUGGCUGUAAAUCUGUCCUGUUAUAUUGAAACAUUCUCUGUUUAACUCCAAGUUGUGUAUUAGUUUAAAAUACAUUCACUCCUAUGUUCCAUCUUGUAAAUAAAGUUUAUUUUUGUUUUGUUUAA